AAACAAUGCAAUAUACUUUAUCAUUUUGAAGUAAUCACACCAAUAAAUCCCUAAAUAUGCAAACAAUGAUAACCUAUAUAAAGCCAGUGGAAUCCCACAGAGGACACAAUUAAUGAUGGCUACAGAUAAAAAACACGUUGUGAUAAUAGGUGGAGGUAUUAUUGGGCUCACCACCGCAUAUGAACUCAGUAAACAUUUCAAGGUCACUUUAGUUGAAAAAGAAAAGGAAGUUUGUCUUGGAGCUUCCUUCCAGAAUGGUGGAGUUAUUAAUGUAGAGAGUAUAACUCCGGUCAACUCAUAUCUUAGUUUCUCUGGUGUUCUGAAAUCCUCUUUGAUAUCCUUGGUCUCGAGUACUCCUAGCAACACCUUUCUCCGUCCCUCAGCUCUUCUUCAACCCAACUUCUUUCUCUGGGUAAAGCACUUCUUCCUGAACACCUCCCAGGAGAGAAUACUGUACCACUCCAAGGGAAUGAUGGAGAUGGGUUCGGCAAUAAAGCCACUAGUUGAGGAGUUGUUUCAAGAUCUUAGAUUGAAGAGAGCAGAACAUAAUCUUCAUUAUACUCCAGGUCUACUUCUCAGUAAGGUUUCUGACCCUUCCUUGACCGUCUCCAACAAGAAGAAGAUGUUUGAUGAAAUAUUCCCUAAGAACUACAGUAUCGGAGCAGACCUUGAACAGAUCAAAUCUAGCUCCGGUAUCCACGGAGUAGAGGAAUACAACUACGGUUGUAUUGAAUUAAAUAAUAUAACAGUAAACACAAGGAGUCUAGGGUUAAGCUUGAAAAGAAAACUAUUGGAGAGAAAGGUUGAAUUUAUUGAGGGUGAAGUAAGCCAGGUUAUAACUAAUGAAGAUGAAGUGCAAGGAUUAAAACUUAAAGAUGGCGGACUAGUGGCUGGAGAUCUCUACGUGGUUUCAGCAGGAUAUCAGUCGUCAAGAAUUCUAAAGAAUAUCGAGAUAAGUAUUCCUCUGAUGCCGAUAAAGGCUUACAGCCUGCAUCUACCAAGUAGCAGAGCAGCAAAGAACUGGAAAUAUGCGGUUCAUAUUGACAGCAGCGUGGCAGGACUCUUUACUCCGUACAGAGAAGGAGUAGAUAAACAUGAGCUCAGGGUUACAGGUAUCCGGGAUAUGGAUGGAGAUGAUCCAACCCUAAGGUUGGAAAGGGUUAAACAUCUAACCGAGGUUGCGGAGAGGUUUACUGGAGAUAACUGGAGGCAGGAGGAGGUUAGGGUUUGGUGUGGUAUAAUGCCUGUUUCUCCGGAUGAUUUCCCUGUGAUUGGAGGCACUAGGAGAUAUUCAAAUCUAUUCCUCAACGUUGGACACGGGUUCAGAGGAACCGCAUAUAGUCUUCCGUCCGCCAGGUUGCUCUCUCAGCUCCUUCUCUCCAGGUUGGAUAUAGAACAGGAGAGAACCAGGUUCUGCUUUAAUCCUAAGUUUGCAGAUCCGUCCAGGUUCGGAAUAUAGCUCAAUUCCCGGGAAAACAGAUCCUAGACAGGAAAGGAAAAUGUCUCCUCCUACUGAAUCUUGGAAAAGUGGACAUGGAUCGAUAGAUAUUAUUUGAUGAAAUAUGAAAUUAAAAUAAUAAUAUAAAGUGAGCUAUUUGCAAUA